ACUACAGGCCCAACAAGCCUUUCAGUUCUUUGCUUCUCGUUGCUCCCGUUUUCAACUACGAUGAAAACCACCCCAUGUCGUAGGUAGACACAUCCACCAAUGUCAAUAAUGAACCCCUUAAAAUUUCAAUAAAACGUCCCCCAAUUAAGUCCCUUUUCCCAAAUCCCCCUUGCGUACUUCAUCAACCGCUUUUAUUCCUUUCUCCUUCUCGUGCUUUUCGGUUUUGCGAUCCGAUAAUGAUGAGCCCUCGGGCCCUCGACAUAGGCGGUGGGUAUAUCCCUUCGCGCGCGUGCAACCAUGUGUUUCAAUUUAUACAGAUGAUGAUGAUCCUGUUCCGAUAAGUACUACUGACUGGGCGAUCGGCAUAGCAAGGAGCAAAAGUGACUCGCGCAGGUCGAAUACCAUCGCAGGCGCAGUCCGUUCGAUGCACUCGCCAAAGUCAGAUCGUUGGCCCCCGGAGUUCGUUGUGGAGAGGUUCGUCGCUUUAAAAAGUGUGCGCAAGUUUUUCUAGAAGAUCUGUAGUGCCAGUGCGUAAGAAGAGUACUUCUGUGUGAACAAAAACAAGAUCGCCGCGUUCAAUCGGAAGCAGGAUAUUGGUCUGGAAGGUGUUUUAAAGAGAAGAACUCAUAAAUCACGAAACGCAAUCCGGAGCACGGGAUGGAAAUUGGAUGAACGAAGAUGAACGUAGCAAAUGCAGCAUUAGGAUACGGGGCAGAAAUUCAAAUAAUAAACUGAAAAAAAAGAGUAAUUGUUCUAACCCUACCACACCAAAACAAGCUAUCGAACUUCCAUCACACACAAUUAUCGGGACAAGCACCCUACACAUCCAAAGUGAUGAUAAUUUGAGGCGCGCCCCGAAGGCAACCUGUGGCAGCAAUGGACCACUACUCGACAACGGCGGCAAUGGUUGGAUUGGAUUGCAUUAGCGGCUACGGACUAACGACGACGACGACAGCGAUGGAAGGCUAUUUACCGAAUUACUCAACCGACGCCUCGCUGUACCGCAGCUUCAGUUCCUCCGGCGGGGACACAAGCCCAUCGUUCACGGGUCAUCAUGAUGCGAGUGUCAAUUAUGGGUCUCUGUCUUCAUUCACGGAAAUGAUUAUUGACAGCGAAAGCUUCGUUCCGGUUCAGAUGGUGGCGACGGCGGAGGGGACAGGCCACGAUUACCUGGAUCAGCGAUUACUCGACACCGAAAACCACCAGCCAAUUACCCCCGUUCCCGCAAAUGACCCGAUUAAACCGCCGAAAGCACGUGCUAAUAAAAGCAAACGGAGAACUUCGGACCCCUCCACGGCCGCCUCCACGAGGUGCCCAAAAUCACAGAAACUAGAUCAAAACACCGCAAAAAAGAACCUCGCCUCCGCCACGCCUCCAAGUCCGACGGUGAUGAAGAAGCGGCGCCUCGCGGCCAACGCCAGGGAACGGAAGCGGAUGAAUAGCCUAAAUGUGGCGUUUGAUAAAUUGCGGGAAAUUGUUCCGACUCUGGGGCCCGAUCAUAAGCUGUCCAAGUUCGAAACACUUCAGAUGGCUCAGACAUACAUCAACGCGUUAAGUGAUCUGCUGGAGCGGGGAGCGGACGAGAGUACCUACAGUUUGUUCGAUACCGGUCCCGAAACGAGCAGCGAUAGUAAUAAUAAUCACGACCGGGACGGACAGUUCCACAUCCAAAGGCUUUAUGAAGUGGAUUUCAUGUGAGAUAUUAGUGCUAGGUGGAUAAUUAAAAGUGCACCAAAUGUUUAGUAAUAAGUAUGCAAAACGUAGCCAAAUCUAGUCUUAAGGUAAAAACAACAAAUCUCAGUUCUGUGUGACCUUAAAGUAGUAUUUUAGAAUGGACUCACAUU